GGAGGCGUUGUCACUUGUGCAGUAAAGUAGUGCGCGGCACGCGACUUUCCUCGAUUCCAAAGCGUGCCCGACUGGCCUGACCCCGCCGAACUCGACAUUUGCGCGAGAAGAUGCUGCGCUGGCGAGGCACCACCACGUCGAAUGCGGCCGGAACGCCACCGCAAAAGGAUGAUGAGAGGCAGACACGCGCGCCCCCAAAACGGAAGCAUCGCAGCACGCUGUCUGUGCUUCUACUACUUCUGGUGUUGACAGCCAUCGGGAUCCUUGUCAUAGCGCCUGCCGUGUUCUACGUGUCGCCCUGGAUCCGACACAAAACCGUCUUCCUCACCUUCGUCAACCUGCCGCCUUUCCCUCGCCUGAACGACCCCAGAUCAUACGACCUCAGGUGCGCGCACAACUUUUACCUGGACUCCGAGGAGGCAGGCCUGCGGCUCGGAGCCUGGCACAUUCCUCCAGCUUCUUCUGUGGAUCGGCUAGGCUGUGACAAGCUAGACCAGGACUGGUUUGCGCACGACAAGAGGCCCGUGGUGCUGUACUUGCACGGAAAUGGUGGCUCCCGGGCCGGUGGGCACCGUGUUAGCCUCUACAAGGUGCUGACUGGACGUCUGGACGCACACGUGUUGGCAGUCGACUACAGGGGUUACGCCGACUCGGGCUCGGGUUUGGCCGGACCCUCUGCUGAGGCGCUACCGCAGGAUGCCCGUACCGCACUGCGCUGGCUCCAGGCACGCACGGCAGGCCGGCCGCUGAUCGUGUGGAGCCACUCGCUGGGAACCGGCGUUGCUGUGCGCCUCAUGGAAGAGCUGCACCGCCGCGGAGAGCCGCUACCGGCGGGUCUCGUCCUCGAAGCCCCAUUCGAUGCCCUGCACCACGUCGCCGCCACGCACCCACUGUCACUGCCCUACCGGUGGCUGCCUUACUUCGAGUGCGCCUUCGUCAACAGCCUAAAGAACGACCCUGUCGUCCAGUUCGACAGCGCCGCCCGCGCCCGCCACGUUCCGCCCAAGCUGCCCGUCUUAGUGCUGCACGCGCGCGAUGACGCAACGGUCCCAUUUCCAUUGGGCGAGAACUUGCACAAGGCCCUGCACAAAGCUCGCCAGAACCAGCCUGGUGCGGCGCCUCUGCGGCUGCACGCCUAUGACGGCCAAUUAGGGUAUGGCCACAAGCACAUGCACCGCGACCCGGAGCUGAUUUCCACUGUGGCCAAGUUCUUCGCACUCAAUGUCACCGACGCGCGGCCUUAGUGUGCCAUCGGCGACCUGCUGGUGGUAGUGCUCCAUGAUUCAUUGACCACCAUGAGCAUGUUGGAGGCUAUGGUUGCAAUCCGGGACCAAACGUGCUUUCACUAACUUGACAAUGUGUGGUGGGAACAGAUGCGCCCAGUAUUCCUGGCAUCUCUGCGCCACAAGCUUGUAUGGUUGUCACGGCUGCACCCACGAGAGACUUCACAAAUUUGCUAAGCAGCAGUGCCUCGUUGGAUACCAAGGAUUGCAUUAGUGGCGUAGACGUUUGAGCGAGCUGGUUUGGUUUCCUGUUGUGUUGACUUCGUAGCGCAAAACUCACAGACUGUGCUUGUCCUGGUCCGUUCUUUCUUCGGUCUCUGUUAGUUUUGCACUAUCAAUUCAAUACAACUUGAAGGAUUGUUGUGUUUUACUAUGGUAAUUCGUACCAACACUGGAAUCUUGAAUCGUGAAGCAGGGUGUUUAACUUUGGUGUUUUCAUUCCACACCGGGUGUGAUGCUUGCUGCGAACCGCACCCGAGUCCAAAGAGAGAAGGAGAUUGAUCCACUUUUGGGACAACUGUUUGCAGCUUGCAUGUAAACAUGUUGUAGGGCUGAAGCUGAUGUCAUGCGUAAGCAUCUGAAUGACACGCGUUUUGCAGACCAGGUUCCAAGGUGGCAAAGACGCGUUUUGACGCAACUAGGCUCGUCGUUCUAUACUUGCGUGUUCGGAGGUUCAAAGCUCAUGCAUAGGUGUUAUGGCCCUGAGUUUUACGUGCCGGCAAUCGGCUGUGUCGCGUUUCUUGCACUAGACGUAGCAUUUUUGGUCAGUGCCUUCGUGAUCCCGUUCACGCUUGUUGUGCAAUCUGCGUGUUUUGCACGAGACAGUAUGUGCGCGGAUGUGUUGAACGUGGCAGCGGAGGGAUGUAUCUUUUUAACUUUGCCUAAAGCCCGUGUGGGCAACGUUUGUCAAAAGUCCUGUGCAGCUCUGUUUGUGUGAGGAGUACAGGUUACUCGAAACACUAGUCGUCUUUGAGGUUGUUGCGGCGUUGCGCAACACUGCCGCUGGUGGCAGUGUUUCAACCGAAUCUAUACUAGCUCAUGGAAAUGAAUCUGGGUGUGUCUAUAUUCGUACGGGCAUCUCAUGCAUGUGUUAAGCUAUUAGGCAAAGAAAGAGAUUAAUACUUGAAGCGUAUGGUAUGCUUCAGGCGAGUAGCUGACAUGUUGCACCCAGGUGCAUUGUACAUUGAGCUCACUGCAGUGAUUUGUUGGCACAUUUGUUGUGACUGUUUGUUGCACCGCAAUACAUUACUUUUGUGGGAGUGUUCGCAGAUUGCUCUAGGAUCGAAGCAAUGCCUGUAUGAUGUGGUCCAUUUUGAAAGGGAGCGUCUAGUGAGUAUUCUGCCAUGUAUUACCACCAAGACGUGGCAUAAAAGCCCACAUAUCUGUUCCUUAUGCGUAAGUGUAUGUCCAGCAAUUACAUCAGAUGCUCCUUUCGAUAAACGUGAGAAAAAGUUCUAGCUAAUUAGCUUUAUUAGCCGUUAUGUGUUGUUAUUGACAAUAGACCAUACUGUACUUUGAGUUUCUGCAGCGACGGGUCUAUCCGGUUUGCACACGCAAAUCUUACACUAGUUUUGUAUGAAUAACGAAAGAUGACAAAAUUUAGUUCAGUAUCAUUUUUUUUUGUCACACAUAGGUGGGAUUCAAACCCGUGUCUCAAAUGACAUUGUUCUAGAUCCAUGCAUGAAGAUGCAGAUCUCGGAGGCAAUGUUCUGCUGGCGGCAUCGAUUGCCAUGGCCGGUCACUCUGUCAUUGGACGUCAGGUUUUGAACGCCGUCUAUUGCAGUCAAAUUGCGACGUUUCUAUCGGAACACAUUAGCAUUGUAUUGUGCGCCGAUAGGAUCUGACACAGUCUGAACUGUAAAGAAGCCUUCGGGAAAUUGGAACACCAACAUUUGUUUCGUUUUAACUAGUACAUAGCAGAGUAUGUAGCUCACACAAUAUACAUAAGCCCUAUGAAAUGUGAUGGGAGUGCUAACUGCAUGGGUGGGGUGUCAACUCGGUGAUAUAUUGAAACUAGGACGGUGGUAGCUAUAGGCGUUAACCAAAUUAUUUGAGGAGUGCCUUAUAGGAGGGUGUGCCAAGCGUAAUGAACGUUUACUCUUUCAGUGAAAUGAAUGUUUUACACUUGCUAUAUGUAAUAAUGAAAAAAAAAAUAUUUUUGCAGUGUGUUGGUAUAAUAGUUAAUAAAAGAAAAUGCUGCAACUUU